UCACAGCGUGUGUGUGUUUGUGUUUUCCAGGAGUAUAAGCCCCCAGCCACACGGCGUCUACAUGAGAUUUUGGGUGUUGAGACUGGGGGUCCCGGGGGCCGGCGGGCAGGAGAGCCAGGACACGCCCCGUGUGACUACCUAAAGUUUAAAGGUAGGCAUUCGCAUGAUUCCUGCAGGACUGAGGACACAGGAGAGCAUCCGUCUCUCUUCGUCUCCAUCCAGGCUCCCUCACAGCAGCAGAUGAGAAUGUGGCCAGGCAGCGAUGGCGGAGGUGGGGGUCAGGAUCCAGGAUACACCCAGUUGCUGCUCCAUAAGCCAGCUGCCUCCCAACAACACCAGCGCCACUUCUUGGACCCGCCCCACCACCCACACCCAACUUACUCCCACCAUGGGAAUGGUGGCCGUGGCCUGAGGCAGGGUGGACAGACAGGCAUCGGCGGAGGGGGGGGCCCACAGGGAUCCUCGCCCCAGAUGAGUGACAGCAUGGAUGUGAGUGUAUCCCUGGGGCUGCACCACCUGGGGGCGGUGUCUUCCAUGGAGGCCUCUCAGUUUGGCUCUGCAUCUCUGCCCCUCGCUCUGCCAAUCGGACUGUCUGCCUUCCGGACUCGGACGGCUCCCACCGCCCCAGGGCCACAAGCCCAGCCCCCUGAAGACUACUACCCCGCCUCCAACAACAAUAACCCCACUGGGGGAGGCAGAGGGAGGCCGGACUCAGACGAGGGGCCAGCCAACUCUUGAUAAAACCUGAACCAUGCCCUAAAGCCAUACAAUUUUAACUACAACUACUACAACUACACACAUACAGCCAGAGUUCAGAGACAAAGAGGUGAACUUUGUGCUGAAGGAGACUUUGUACUGCAUGAGAGGAGGAGGAAGAAGGAGGAGGAUGCUGGGAAAACUCCUUUUUCCUGUUUUAGUUUGUCUUUGUCGCGCCUGUAACUGGAAAGGAAUGAUUGUGACCAGUUUGUUUUUAUUAAUUUUAGUGUUGAUUAAUAUCAUUUGAUUUUUCUCGGGUUUGAGGAGUUGUGUGUUCUGUGUGGUUGUUGUUUGAGUCUGGAGAGGAGGAGGAGGAGGAUGAAGGGGAAAGAGAGAGAAGUUUCCCAUUUUAUUCCAUGAGGUAGCUGCGAGCUGAAGGAGGGCUCGUGCU